UUUGAAUUCAGAGGUUAAUUCUAAUAUGAAAAUUCUAACCGCUAUCGUGUUAGUAGCACUGCUCUGACUUUCAGUCAGAGCAGAAGUUGAAGUUGCACAAAGCUUUGAAGACGUUGAGAACUUCUUGGAAGAAAACCAAGAUGAAACAAUAGCUCUUCUGUUCAUUGACAGCACUUUGGCUGAUACAUCAGGCAAUGGAUUCAUUUCAGGUGUUGUUUCUUCGAUUACUCACAUUUUUAGUGGUGCUGAGGAGCCUGAUGCUUCUCAUCAUCAUGUUUCUGAAAUAGAAAAGGCCAUCUCUGAUGAUACUGCUCUUCUUCAAAUCGACGUGAGUAAUGAGAACUUGAGAGAGAUCCAAGAAUCCUAUGAUGUCACCACAGUUCCUUAUUUAAUCGUUACAAAAAGAGGAAUCGUUGUUCUAAAAGAAGUUCCAACUCAUGAGACUCAUGAUAAGAUUAUCCAAGUUUUGAAUAUAAGCAGUGAUGCAAUCCAUGAAGAGAAUGCUCCAACAAGUUCUGAAGAGAAUGCUGAAAAAGCAUCUGCCUCGGUAGAGGUAGCUCAUGAAUCUGAAUCAGUCUCAGAAGAAAAUGCUGCUAUCAGUAAUGAAGCUCCUGAAGUUGAAGAAGUUGUUACACCUGCAGUUGAAGAAGUUAGUUCCUCAGUCUCAGAAGUUACUUACGAAGAAGUCCCUCUUGUUGUUGAGCCUGCCUCUGAACAGUCUGUAAUCAUUGAAGAACCUAAAAUCUUAUCUCAGUCAAGACCUGAAGAAUUUGAGGAAGUAGCUCCAGAAGAAUUUGAUGAUGAUCUUAUCAUUCUUAAUCUAGACGAUCUUUCUACCCCUCCUAAACCCUCUCAAGUAGGACCAUCAAAAAUAUCUGAGCCAGGAAAGAUCUACACUAAUGAUGUUAAGCAAGAUGACAUUUCUGCAAUUCCAAGAAAUUUUGAACUUCCUCCCAAACCAAUUAAAGUCGGAUCUAAUUCUCCUUCACAAAUUCCUCCACCUGUUAUCAGAGUUGAGCCAGCUCCAGUCAUCAAAGCUCAACCUGCUCUAGCCUCAGAACCAAUUCCAGUUGUUAAAGUUCAGCCUGUAUCUAUUCCAGAGCCAGCUCCAGUCGUUACAGUCCAGCCUGAAUUAGAAGAAGCUCCAAAGAUUGAGCUUAAGGUUCAGCCUAGGUCUGAUGAAAUUUCAAAAAUUCAAAUUCAAACGGACUCUGAAUCAAAAGAAGAAAUUCAAAUUAAGCCUGAACCAGUUGUUGUACCUGAAAUCACACUUGCUCCGGGAGAGAAGCCAGUUGCUCCUUCAGUAGUGGCUCCUAAACUCAAAGUGAAACUACCUGAAUCAUCAAAGACAGUUGGAGUGUUUGAUAAGAAUUACACUCAAGCUCCACAGGUUCCUGAAAAGUCAGCCUCUGAACAGUCAAUGAGAGUCGUAAUGCAUAAGCCAGCAGCCUCAGUAGCUCCUCAGAUUGCAUCCCAGGAGACCCCAAAGGUGCAGGUUCAGAAAAGGCAACAAGUUGUCGAGAAGCCUGCCGAAGAAGCUCCAGAACAUCACGACCAAGAUGAUAGGACUAAAUAUGUACAUCACCAUUGCCACAAUAGAGAUGGAUACAAUGAUUGUCAAGCUCUCGAUUGGAGGGAUAGUGAUGGAUAUAUCUCUGAAUUAGAAGAUUAUGAAAUUCCUGAGCAAUGGUGGAAAGACGGAUACACGCCUAUAAACACUCGAAACCCAGCUGAUGAAUUAACUAAAUCAACAAGGCAAAAAUGAGAGAUCCCUCAUCCUCCAAAGGAUGUUGUUCUAGAGCCUCCAAGAAAGGUGUUACAAAAGCCUCAACCUGCUGUGAAAGAUACCCCAAGGCAUCAAAUAAUCAAUCCUGUUCCAAGACCAGAAAGAAAAGUCCAGCUUCCAAGACCCCAGAUUACCCCUCCUCCAUCCAAAAUCCACCCAACCGUUCGCCCAGAAGUAGUGUGUCAAGCUCCUAAAAUCCCUACUCCUACCCCACCUCAAAAAACACCCAAACCACCCCUAAACGCUCCUCUUCCAUCACUAAACACAACUCAGCCUGCAGUCAAAAUUUUAAGCACAGAAUUAUUAAGUCAUACUGGAAUAGAGAGAAAAUACGGAAUGACUCCAAGAAUGAUCCCAGAAUUCUUUCAAAGAAGGCCUUCUCUUCUUCAGACUCCUGCUUUCAGAGCUCCUAAAAAUAUUCCUGCUGUUUUGUCAAAAGAAUCUUUCAAUAAGACUUUCACAAAGCCUUCGGAAAAUAUCUCUGUGAAGCCUACUCCAAAGCCAAUUAAAAAACCUGCUCCAAAUCUACCCAAUAAGACUGUCAUCCCCAUUCCCAAAGCUCCUUCUCCACCAGCUAAAAUCUCUACGAAUACUACUAUUUCAAAACCUUCAAUUGCAAUGAAGCCAACUAAUGCUACAAGCCAACAAAGCCACAGUAAAAUUUUGAACAGAAAGAAUUCCCAGCCAAAAUUAGAUACUAAAGCGAAGAAGAAGCCAGUUCAAUUAAAGCAUGAUCUUAGCCAUGUGAAACCAGUACAACUCAAGGAUGGACUUAAUAUCACUAGAGUUGAAAGUUCAAUGAAACACAGCUCUGUCAACCCAGUUAGGAUCCCCCAAGAGAUCGUUGCUAGAACUUCCCCAGUAGCUGCGAUUAAUACCCUCAGACAGAAAGAAGCAUAUAAACCAGCUAUGUUCCCAAGAUAUGUAUCACCCUCUAAAGUAGUUGAACCUACAAAAUAUGAAGAGAUUGUGUUCCCUAGAUAUAUUUCUCCUUCUAAAGUGAAUGAGACUUCAGAGCCUCAAGAAAUAGUUUUCCCAAGAUAUGUCUCUCCCUCCCAGAAAAUAGAAGAAAUGUCAGAAGCUCAAGAAGUUGUUUUCCCAAGAUAUAUCUCUCCUUCAAGAGUAAUAGAAGUUGAAGAAGCUCCAAAAGAGAUUGAAAAAAUCGACGAAUCAGCUUUAAGAGGAAUGCCUGAACCAUCAUUCUUCAGAAGACCAGGCUUUUUAGGUCCAAGACCUCCACCUUCUUUCUUCAGAUCACCAGCAAAGUCAGUUGAAAAGAUUCAGCCUGAACCUAUCGUGAUCGAAACUCCAACAGUCUCUUUCUCUCCUAUUGAUUUUGAAGAAUCUGAACCAGAAAUUAUUGAGGAAAGAGUUUUUGCUAAUGCCCCUAUAUUCCCAAGAUACGUGUCUAAAUCAACCGAAAUUGCUGAGAUCGAAGAGCCAGUUAAGACAAAAGAAGUUAUUUUUGGAAGAAACAGACCAAAUUUCUUAGUAGAUCCAUCUUUCUAUAGAAGACCUAUCCCAAAUGGUAGAAGACCAGCUCCAUUUUGUGCUCAAGGGCCAGCCAAAUUUGUUGGAAACAUUAGACCUGAUCCAAGAAUGAUCGAUGAGUCAACAGUUUCCUUUUUACCAGUAGAUUUUGCAGAAGAGAUUGAACAAGUAAUUAUUGAAGAAAGGGUCUUCCCUCCACCUCCUGUAUUCCCAAGAUAUGUUCCAAAGAAAACAAUUGAUCCUGAAAAUGAUGAUUCUGCCCAAGAAAAUUCUAAUGCUGAAGUAAACUCUGGGGGUGUAGCAGAGAACCAAAACCAAGACCUAAGCAAUGCCGCACCUAAAGCUAUGAUUGUAAUCGAAGAAACCCCUGAAUCCACAAUCAAGUCUGAUUACGGCAGAAGGACACCUUUCGGUAAAGCUCCAAGGUAUGUUCCAGUAGAGCCAGUCAAGAUUGUGAAUGAAGCUGAAGCAAUCAUUGGAACAUCAGAGCCUUCUGAAAUUGCAAGCGAAACUCCAGAAGAGGUGUCUCAGCAAUUUAUUAAACAAAGCUUCAUUAUUCCAGAUUUGCUUCCAAGUGAGCAAGUUGAGAUAAUUGAAAAGCCACUAUUCGAAGAAGUUCCUCCAGUGCAAUAUGAAGAAAUUGAGUUUGAAAUAGAAGAAUCAGUAUAUGGAGCAAAUAGAUUCACGGCAAUGCCACAAUUGUUAAGAAAUAGAGCUCCAAAUAGUAGAUAUCUAAGACGCACAACUCCAAUGAACAGCAAACCUAGACCUUAUAUUAGACAGCAGCUUGCCGAUCCAUCAGUCAAAAAAGUUGAACAAGCAAUAGAAACACCAUUUGAAGAAGCCACAGAUAUAACAGUUAUGGAAUCUGCUUUGAGGCCAUUACCUACUGAGGUUAUUGAAGAAGAAGUUAUUUCUGAGACAUCUAUUCCAUUAAUUCCAAGAAAGAUCCAAUUCUCAGAGAUUAGAAAUCCAAAGCCAAUCUUAUCCUCAUUCGUUCCUAAUAUCAUUGAAACCGAAGUUACUGUUACUAAGCCAGUUGAAAUUCCAUAUAUUCCAAGAAAGAUCGAUAUCCCUCAGAGCAGGAUUCCUCAGCCUAUAGCUAAAGUAGUCACUGAAGUUGUGGAAGAGCCUGAGGUCAUUCUUCCAGAGCCAGUUUAUACUGAGAUUGAUCGAAGAGAAGAGAUUGUUCCAUCAAAGCAAAUGCAAAUUAUCCCUAGAGCGAUCCAGAACUCGCUUCUCAGAGCUGCAAGACCAUUGCUUCCAAGACAAUCUGUGGUUAUUGAGGAGGCAAAUGCUUUUACUCCUGAAAUCAUUGAAGAAGGUAUCAUUGCACCAGGAACAGCAGACAUUCCGUUUGUUCCAAGAAAGAUAGAGAUUUCAAGAGCUAGAAAUCCUGUAAUUGAAACGAUUGUUGAUGAGCCAGAAUUUGUAAUUCCUGAGCCUAUCAAUACAGAAGAGUAUGUUGAAGUAAUUCCAGAGGUUCAAGAACUUUCAGUUGAGACAGUGAUUGAGGAAAUAAAUCUUAAUCCUUCAUCAUACCCAUUUAACUCUUUUGUCCGUCCAAGAGCCUCUCAAGUUCCCAGAAGGCCAUUUAGAGCUCCAAUGGAAUUCAGGAAUGCUCGAGGUCCAUAUGUUAGACAAGUAGUUCAGCCAGAAAUUAGGGAGCCAGGUAUUGAAUCAGUCUUGGUAGACUCUCCUCCAAUGAUGGUUGAAGCUCCUUUAAUCUCUGUGGAUAAUGUUGCUCCAAAGGGAUCAUUUACAAGCAGUAAAAUUGAGGUAGUGACUGAUACCCCUGCCCCAGAAACCCCCCAAGACUCACUCAAACAAAACCUUAGCCACUAA